AUGGCGGCGCUCGCCUUGUGCAGAGCGGGGCUGCGGGAGGAGCUGCGGGUUCUGCUGCGAGGAGGGCAAAGGCGACUGCCGCUGCUGGGGGCGGCCCAGAUGAGCGAGGUCUCGGGAGAAUCUAGCUCUGCAGACCAGAACUAUCCCGGGAUUAUUGAGUCUACCGAGGAGUAUGUGUUUGUGGAGAGACUAAUACCUGCUACUCAAGUACCAGUACCUCCAAAGCAUGACCAAUAUCCCACCCCUUCUGGAUGGAGGCCACCACGAGAUCCACCUCCUGACCUUCCUUACUUCGUACGGCGCUCACGCAUGUACAACCUCCCCAUCUACACAGACAUCACCCAUGGGAAUAGGAAGAUGACUGUUAUCAGGAAGAUUGAAGGAGAUAUCUGGGCACUGGAGAAUGAAGUGAAGGAAUUCCUCACAGAGCUGUCUGGAAAGACACCACUCACUCAAGUGAAUGAAAUUUCCUGCAGCAUCCGUAUCAAGGGCUAUUUUGACCAGGAACUAAAGACAUGGCUGAUGGACAAGGGCUUUUAAAUAAAAGAUUUGUGAGAGAA